UGGCUUUCUUUUUCCAAAUUGCAUGCAGCCCUCAUCCCAAAUCUUGACAGUUCCCAGUAAACGAGAUAUGCUGUCAACUUUUCAUUCACUCUUCAUUUCUAAAAUUCUAUCCAACAAGUUGGGGCAUAAUUAGAUGUGGCUUUUGAGCCCCAGAAAUCGGAGCUUUGUCAUAUAAAUACUGUGUAACCCUAGAUUUGAACAGAGUUCUCUUGAAAAGCAGAAGUCUUGAAGACUUAAGAGCAUCCUUUUAGACAACGUUUCUCAUUUUCUGACUAAGCGCUAGGGAUAACAAUGAACUUCCAGGUGCCUCUGCUGGUCUUUGCUGUGGUGAUUACCACUAGCAUCAACUGUCAAGAACAACCUCAGGUGGGAGAAUCAAAUAAGUCUCCAGUGGUCAAAGGUCAAGUCAUAUCCAGGCACCAGGGCAAGACAUGUAACUGCAUUGGGAAAAGAAAUGCACUGGAGCAGAACUGUCCCUGUGGGUUGCAACGUCAAAAUAGAAUCCUCAGUAAUGAUAAGAAAGCAUGGUGCCAAAAGAAGGGAAUUUCAACAUUUAAAAAAUGCCAACAGUUGAUUGGAGAAAACAGGAAGGAGAAAAAAGGCAUCAGUAUGCCGAUUUAACUAACAGUCACUAUACUCACCAGCUACACCGCCAUAAUUUUAAACAUGUACCUAUCACACCAUAUAUUAAGUAGUGUAUACUGAACUAUUUUUGUAUCUCUUAUGUUCAAUAACAUUUAUUCUAGUCAAUGCUCUACAUUCAGGUUUUAAAAU